GCGGAAGUCAACUUUUUUUCCUGAAGCGGAAGAGAAACAAACGUUUAGGAUGUUUUUCGACUGACGUUCUCGCAAAAUGAAAUAUAAAUAACAAGUGACAGGAAAACGACGAGAGACAGUUUGUUUAAAUAGUUUUAUUUUGAGCGGCAGACCGACGUUGGACCGACGUUGGACCGACGUUACCAGAGCUGAUGGCCGGAGGUAACUUACAGAAAGCGAUAGAUCUGGCCAACAAAGCUGCAGAGGAAGACAAAGCCAAAAACUACGAGGAGGCCCUCCGAUGUUAUCAGCAUGCAAUACAGUACUUCCUUCACGUUGUCAAGUAUGAGGCCCAGGGCGAGAGAGCGAAGCAGAGCAUCAGGGAUAAGUGCGCCGACUACCUGGACAGAGCCGAGCAGCUGAAGGAAUAUCUGAGGAAGAAGGAGAAGAGUCCUCCAGCCAAACCCGUCAAAGAGUCCCAGUCUGAGGACAAAGGGAGUGAAAGUGAUGAAGGGGAGGACAAAGAGAAGAAGAAGUUCCAAAACCAACUCUCAGGUGCCAUUGUCAUGGAAAAGCCAAACAUCAAGUGGGACGAUGUCGCCGGACUUGAAGGAGCCAAAGAGGCGUUAAAGGAAGCCGUCAUCCUGCCCAUCAAAUUCCCUCACCUGUUCACAGGAAAGCGGACUCCUUGGCGGGGGAUCCUUCUCUUCGGCCCCCCAGGAACAGGGAAGUCCUACCUGGCCAAGGCGGUGGCCACUGAAGCCAACAACUCCACCUUCUUCUCCAUCUCCUCCUCCGAUCUCGUGUCCAAGUGGUUGGGGGAGAGUGAAAAGUUGGUGAAGAACCUGUUCUCUCUGGCUCGAGAAUACAAGCCAUCCAUCAUCUUCAUCGACGAGAUCGACUCCCUCUGCGGCUCCAGGAGCGAGAACGAGAGCGAGGCGGCGCGCAGGAUCAAGACGGAGUUCCUGGUUCAGAUGCAGGGUGUUGGAAAUGAUAAUGAGGGAAUCCUGGUGCUGGGAGCCACAAAUAUACCGUGGACACUGGACUCCGCCAUCAGGAGGAGGUUUGAAAAGCGGAUCUACAUCCCUCUGCCUGAGGAGCACGCCCGCUCCUUCAUGUUCAAGCUGCACCUGGGCUCCACCCCCAACGACCUGACGGAGGCAGACUUCACCACUCUGGGCAAGAAGACAGAGGGCUACUCUGGGGCUGACAUCAGCAUCAUCGUCAGGGACGCCCUCAUGCAGCCGGUCAGGAGGGUUCAGUCAGCCACUCACUUCAAGAAGGUUCGGGGUUCAACUUGGAACAACCCGGGCGUUGUGGUGGAAGACCUCCUGACUCCAUGCUCGCCUGGAGAUCCCAACGCCGUAGCGAUGACGUGGAUGGAGGUUCCUGGGGACAAACUUCUGGAGCCGGUCGUGUCCAUGGCGGACAUGCAGAGGUCGCUGACGAGCACCAAGCCCACGGUGAACGAGCAGGACCUGGACAAUCUGAAGAAGUUUACUGAAGAUUUUGGUCAAGAAGGCUAAAACUGUUCAUCCUCAUCUCAUGUACGACUGCAACAGUCAUUUCCUCCGUCAGUUAUGCUUUUGAUUGAUCGAUUCAUCUUCUGGUCUGUAACAGGAGCCCAAAGUUUCUUAGUCAGGUCGUCAGAAAAGCCCAAAGAAGUCGUGACAGUAAGACGUGGAAAAAACAGAGAAAGCAAGUGAAUGUUAAACUGAAACGAUUAAUCACUGAUCAAAAUCUUACUUCAUCACUUUUUUUUCUACUAAUCAAUUAAUCAACUGUUUCAGCUCUAUUUAUGGCUUAUAUAUCAAACCACUUAGGCUCGUGUUUACAUCUAAACAUUUGUAAGGUUUCAUAAUUCUUUUAUUUACUUGUUGAUUUUGUUUUAUCGAACCAAAGUUACAAUGAUCUUUAUUUUUUUCAAGAAAAAUUUCUGUCUCUAAAUGUAGUUGAACAUGAAGUCAGUGGGUAAAUGCACCUUUCCAACACUACAUACCUCUUCUUACAGUGAUAUGAGGGGGAGGAGUUUGUUUCAGGGUUUAGAUUUUAGCCAAUGGGAAGUCGUACUUUAACAUUUUGAAAGGCCGCUCUCUUUAAAACUUGUAUGUAACAUUUUACUGGUUAUUUUUACCCCGAAACUUUUGGCAUAUUCAUAUUUAGGUGGGAGGUUUUUUAAAAAGCUGCAUCAAUGAACAAACUAUGUGCUGCACACAAAACUGUCAUUACCAACGUUAAAGAGGGUUUUCUGGGUCUCUAUGGUUACUGAACUUUACAGGACACAUAAUGUAGUAUUGUACAUUAUUGCUUCUAAAAGCAUUUCUAAAUUCUGAUCCAUGUGCCUGAACAUUGACCCACAGCGUCUCUGCACAUAUUUCCUAAACUUUCAGAUGUCGUGUUCUGAAUUAUUUAUAGAUCCUAGAUUUAUAGAUCGAGCUCAAACUGCGUUGCCUUUAUUUCAGAGAAUAUUUGGGGUUUACUGGGGUUACAUGAAUAAAACUUAAGGUGGUCGUUUGCACUUUUGUUGUAUCCUACAUGACGUGUUCUGUGAACUCAAGUCUCAGGGUUAAAUAAAGGAAACAAGGAAACAGGA